CGCUCGUGGGCCACUCGGCGUCGUUCCACGCGGGCGCGGCCGCGCUGUUCGUGUUCGGCGGCGCCUCGGGCUCGGGCUCGGGCUCGGGCUCGGGCUCGGGACUCUUCAGCCUCCGGCAGCGCGACCGGCGCUGGAGCCGCAUCGAGCCCGCCCCGCGGCAGCGCCGUGGGGGCACCCCAAAAACCGGGGGGCACCCCAAAAAUGGGGAGGGGGACCCCAAAAAUGGGGAAGGGGACCCCAAAAAUAAGGGGGGAGGGGGCUUCUACUUCUACCCACCCUCCCCGGUGCUGGGCGAGCCCAUGAGCCGCUCGGUCGCCCACGCCGUGGCCGUGGCCGGGGGCCGCGUGUUCGUGUCGGGGGGGUUCAACGGGGGGGUCCUGGGGCGCCUCGUGGCUCUGAGGGUCCCCAAAGACCCCUGCGAGACCCUCCCCCACCCCGAGAGCUGCGACGGCGCCGGAGCCGCCUGCGUGUGGUGCCGGGGGAGGUGCCGGGGGGCCGCCCCCGUGCCAGUGGUGCCCCAGCUGCCCCGAGGGGCUCCGCCCCCGUGCCAGUGGUGCCCCAGCUGCCCCGAGGGGCUGUGUGUGAGCCGUGGGAGCAGCUGUGGGCAGGAGCUGCCUCAGUGUCCCCUGGCCCAGCGCCCGGUGCUGGCGGCCGCCAACUGCUCGGAGCAGCUCUGGACACACCAGCUCAAGCGCACUGGCGAGUCCCCCCGCAGCCUGAGCUCCCAGCCCUCCUAUGACUGGGACUGCCUCAGCCACCCCCAGCUCAACGCGUCUCCCGAGGCGCCGGCGCCGCGCUGCCCCGUCCCCUGUCACCAGCAGCGCUCCUGCGCCCUCUGCCUGGGCUCCAGCGGCGCCGACGGCGACACAGGGCACUGCCUCUGGAGCACCGCGCUCAGCAUGUGCCUCAGCCCCUGGUUCGUGCCCCUGCGCUGCCUGGCCGGUGCCUGCGGGCGGCUCCUGGGGGGCUCCUCCCCGGGGGGGGGCUCCGGGGGGGCGCAGUGUGGGGGGGGCUGUGGGGCUGCCCCCCAUUGCUCCCGCUGCCUGCAGCUGCCCCACUGCGGCUGGUGCUCCCGGCCCGGCCUCGACGGCGGCGGCCGCUGCCUCCAGGGGGGGCUGCACGGGCCCCACCACGGGCUGGCUCAGGCGUGCGGGUCGGGCUCGGUCUGGUCCUUCCUCACGUGUCCCCCCGAGGAUGAGUGUGAGAACGGGCACCACGACUGCGGCCCCACACACAGCUGCCAGGACCUGCCGCGCGGCUACCGCUGCGUCUGUGCCCCCGGCUACAGCCCCCACCCGGUGACGGGGCAGUGCCAGCCCGUGUGCUCCCAGGGCUGUGCCAACGGCUCCUGUGAGCUCCCUGAGCUCUGUCGCUGCCACUUUGGCUUCGUGGGACCCGACUGCUCCGUCCCCUGCGGCUGCCACGGCCACGGCCAGUGCCCCAGCCCAGCCCAGCCCAACGUGUGCCACCAGUGCAGGGACAACACCCAGGGGCCGCAGUGUGAGCGCUGCCUCCCGCUGUUCGUGGGCUCCGGCCGCUCCUCGUGCCGCUCGUGCCGCUGGUUCUGCCGCCAGCACAGCGCCGUGUGCCUGAGCCAGGGGCAGCUGCAGCAGGCCAGGGCCGACCCCCAGCGCUUCCCCCUGCACCCUGACCUGAUCCCGCUGUGGGUCAGCGAAGGGCCCAGCGAGGCCGAGGCCGUUUGUGUGGGGUGUGAGAACAACAGCGCUGGGGAGCGGUGCCAGGGCUGCCGGCCCGGCCACUUCCUGCUGGACGGCGUCUGCACCCCGUGCCAGUGCAACGGCCACGCCGACACGUGCAACGAGCUGGACGGGACGGGGUGUCCCUGCCAGAACAACACCGAGAGCAGCCCCUGCCCCGGCCCCGGCGCCGAGCGGCGCGACUGCCACCGCCUGCAGUGCUCCAAGUGCCGGGAGUCGUUCCAGGGGCACCCCGUGGGGGGGCAGCAGUGCUACCGCCUGAUGGCCGUGGAGCAGGAGUACUGCCUGGACCCCUGGUCGCAGAGCAGCUGCCUGCAGCGCCCGGCGCCGCUGGGGCUGGGCCGCUCCGUGCUCUUCGGGGUGCAGCCCAAGUUCACCAACGUGGACAUUCGCAUCACGCUGGACGUCGCCCUGGGCUCCGUCGACCUCUACGUGGCCACGUCCUACGACACCUUCGCUGUGGACGUGGAUCCGGCCACGGGGCAGCACCGCGUUCGGCUCCAGGCGCCGGCCUCUGCGGCUUCGGCCUCGGCGGCAGCAGCCUCAUCCUCAUCCUCAGCAUCCUCAGCAGCAGCAGCCUCAGCAGCAUCAGCCUCAGCAGGAGCAUCCUCAGCCUCAGGAGGAGCAGCCUCAGCAUCAUCAUCCUCAGCAGGAGCAUCCUCAGCCUCAGCAGGAGCAGCCUCAGCCUCAGGAGGAGCAUCCUCAGCAUCAUCAUCCUCAGCAGGAGCAUCCUCACCAUCAUCAUCCUCAGCAGCAUCAUCCUCAGCAGGAGCAUCCUCAGCCUCAGCAGGAGCAUCCUCACCACAUCAUCCUCAGCAGCAUCAUCCUCAGCAGGAGCAUCCUCAGCCUCAGCAGGAGCAGCCUCAGUACCAUCAUCCUCAGCAGGAGCAUCCUCACCAUCAUCAUCCUCAGCAGGAGCAUCCUCACCAUCAUCAUCCUCAGCAGGAGCAUCCUCAGCCUCAGCAGGAGCAUCCUCAGGAGGAGCAUCCUCAGGAGCAUCCUCAUCCUUCUCCUCAUCCUCACCAUCAUCAUCUUCAGGAGCAUCCUCAUCCUUCUUCUCAUCCUCACCAUCAUCAUCCUCAGCAGGAGCAUCCUCAGCAGGAGCAGCAUCAUCCUCAGGAGCAUCCUCAGGAGCAUCCUCAUCCUCAGCGGCCUCAUCCUCAGCCUCAGCAGGAGCAUCCUCAGGAGCACCAUCCUCAGGAGCAUCCUUAUCUUCAUCCUCACCAUCAUCAUCCUCAGCAGCCUCAUCCUCAGGAGCAUCAUCCUCAGGAGCAGUAUCAUCCUUAUCUUCAUCCUCACCAUCAUCAUCCUCAGCAGCAUCAGGAGCAGCAGCAUCCUCAUCAUCCUCACCCUCAUCAUCCUCAGCCUUAUCCUCAGCAGCAUCCUCAUCCUUAUCCUCAUCCUCAGCAUCCUCAUCCUCAUCCUCACCCUCCUCAUCUUCAUCCCCACCCCUCCUCCAGCCCCUUGCUGAGGGAGGAGCGAGCUGGGGACAGUCUGGUCACCUACCUGACGGUGAAGGACACAGCAGCCACAGCCCUGGUGGUGAGAGGGGUGAAGAACAGACUGGUCCUCACCUACCCCCACCACCUUCAUCCCCUCAAAUCCACCCGCUUCUACCUCCUCAUCCUCGGCACAGCCGCAGGGGACGAAGCCACCACCUCACAACCCAGUAGCCACCACCCUCAACUCACCGGCCCGACCCAGGGCUUGCUCUUCUUCCGCCAGGACCAAGCUCACAUCGACCUCUUCGUCUUCUUCUCCGUCUUCUUCUCCUGCUUCUUCCUCUUCCUCGCGCUGUGCGUGCUGCUCUGGAAGGCCAAGCAGGGGCUGGACGCUCGGCACGAGCAGCGCCGCCACCUCCAGGAGAUGACCAAGAUGGCCAGCCGCCCCUUCGCCAAGGUCACCGUGUGCUUCCACAGCCGCCCCCCUGCAGCCCCCAGCCCCAAACCACGGCCCCCCGCCCCCAGCCCCGGCCCCCUGACCCUGGAGCCCACCGAGGACGGGUUGGCCGCCGUGGCCACGCUGCUGCUGCAGCUGCCCGGGGGGCACCGGGGGCCUCACAGGGCGGCUCUGGCAUCGGCGCUGGUCACGCUGAGGGGGGGGCUGCAGGA